CUUGUACUGUACACGACAAAAGCAAGAGGAUGGAGUGAAUGAAAUAAAUCCACACUUCUUAUUUCUCACAGCCACUAUUUUGUAAUUUGGCAGGCAAGGAGGUGGUUUGGGAUCACUGCGCAACAUCACAAGAAAACGUAUCCUAGUUCAUGGUAGUAGUAGAAACCAGCAGCCUAUCUCUUUUUACGCACACCCAUAUUCCAGUGAAGGCAGCAGCAGUUCAGAUCAGAUUUCACAUUCAGCUCCGACCAGCUGAGAGAGACACAGCCAGAGAGCGGGAGGGCUCGUUUCUCCGCUUUCCCCUCCGAUACCCUCUCUCUCUGUUCGGCGAGCGCCAGAAAAAUACAUCUGCGAGGAACACCGGGUGCGUGGCGCAAAUAUUAAAGCACCAACGGGAUUCUUUUUUUUUCCCACCUUCCUUUUUUUUUCUUUUAUGUAUUUUUGCAGGAUUUCAGCAGCGAGAGCGUCACAGAGAAUUAGAUAGAGGGAAGAAGAGAUGGACGAGCAGCCGAGGUUGAUGCACUCUCACACGGGGGUAGGCAUGGCAGGGCACCCCGGCCUGCCGCAGCAUAUGCAGGAAGGCACCGGAGGAACGGACGGCGACGGGAGAAAACAGGACAUUGGAGACAUUUUACAGCAAAUUAUGACCAUCACAGAUCAAAGUCUGGACGAAGCCCAAGCCAGGAAACACGCUCUGAACUGUCACAGAAUGAAGCCAGCUCUUUUCAAUGUGUUGUGUGAAAUCAAAGAAAAAACAGUGCUGAGUAUCCGCGGCGCACAGGAGGAGGAGCCCCCGGAUCCCCAGCUCAUGCGGCUGGACAACAUGCUGCUGGCAGAGGGCGUAUCUGGUCCAGAGAAAGGUGGAGGCUCUGCAGCGGCGGCGGCUGCAGCGGCGGCCUCGGGAGGAGCAGGCGCAGACAACUCUGCGGAGCACUCCGACUACAGAGCCAAGCUGUCCCAGAUCAGACAGAUCUACCACACAGAGCUGGAGAAGUACGAACAGGCAUGUAACGAGUUCACCACUCACGUGAUGAACCUGUUGAGGGAGCAGUCACGCACACGGCCGAUCUCACCCAAAGAGAUCGAACGCAUGGUGAGCAUCAUCCACCGCAAGUUCAGCUCCAUCCAGAUGCAGCUCAAACAGAGCACCUGUGAGGCCGUCAUGAUCCUGCGCUCCCGCUUCCUUGAUGCCAGACGGAAAAGACGAAACUUCAACAAGCAGGCGACAGAGAUCCUCAAUGAGUAUUUCUACUCGCACCUCAGUAACCCCUACCCCAGCGAGGAGGCUAAAGAAGAGUUGGCAAAGAAGUGCGCCAUCACAGUGGCCCAGGUUUCCAACUGGUUUGGGAAUAAAAGAAUCAGAUACAAGAAAAACAUUGGUAAGUUCCAAGAAGAAGCCAACAUGUACGCUGCGAGAACUGCCGUGAAUGCGGCUAAUGCAUCCUCACAUGGAAGCCAAGCAAAUUCACCCUCAACUCCAAACUCUGCAGGUUCUGCUGGCUCUUUUAACAUGUCAAACUCCGGGGACUUGUUCAUGAGCGUGCAGUCUCUCAAUGGGGACUCGUACCAGGGGGCUCAGGUGGGAGCCAACGUGCAGUCACAGGUGGAUACCCUUCGCCAUGUUAUCAGUCAGACAGGCGGAUACAGUGAAGGACUCACAGCCAACCAGAUGUACAGUCCGCAGGGCAUCAAUGCAAACGGCGGCUGGCAAGAUGCUCCAACCCCCUCAUCAGUGACUUCACCUACAGAAGGACCCGGAAGCGUUCACUCUGACACCUCCAACUGAUCCUCCACCCGCCCCCCUUCACUCCUCCGUCCUUGCUUCCUUCCUUACUCCGCCACUGCACCCCCCCUCCCCCCAGCCAUAUCUCCCAAAACUUAACCCCUGACCCCACCGGGACUGAACGCGACGUACUGUAUGUAGUCGCACUGCGGGAGACAUUUUUUGGGGGUCCGGGGGUGACAUUUUCACCAUUACGGACAAAAAUUUCACUUUUCCUAUUUGGACCACCACCGCACCAAUAGCAGUCUGCGUAGGGGACUCAUAUCCACACUCACAGUUUGUACAGUUUCCACUCAGUGUCCAUGUUGCCUCAUUGUAUUUCUCUUACAUUAUAUAUUCACACCUUAGACACAGUUAGCAGCAUAUUGCCCCACGUCUUGUAAAUUGAAAUGCUUUCACACUACCUCUAUUCGAAAUAACAAACAGAGCAAACAACAUUUCAAAUGCUUCGGUUUUACGAAUUUUUAUAAUGAUUAGAAUUUAACUGUACACCACACCAUGCCCUGUCAUUUAUACCUCUGUCUUUAUUUGUACUCACAGACUUUUUUGUUGAUCUAUAGUGCCAAAGUUCAACCCUGGAGGUGAAUUUUGAUAUUGUUACAUCACAUGUUUUUCUGUCAUGUCCUUACAUUUUUCAUGCCAUACUUCGUGAGGUAUUAAUAUGUUAGUCCAGUAAUAUUAGUCAGGUAAUAUCCAAGUAUUCAGCCUCAAUAUAUAUAGUUUGUACUCAGAACUUCUACAACAGACAGUGACAUAUAAGGCAUUUUAUAUUUUAUUGCCGGAGCCGUAGGUUUUUCUGCUUAUAUGCAGCACAGAAACGCAAAGAAUUCACAGUUUUUACACAAGCAAUUAACAAAUUGAGUGCGACUCACAAAGGCGGUCGUAGUUCUGUCACACACACACACACACACACGCAUUGGACGCAUCAACAAUAUUCAAAGAAAAAUUGAUCUGAAACACUUAAUCAGUGACAACGUUAGCAGCGGUUAUAGCACGUCACUAUGAAAUAAAGCACAAUAACACCUAAUGAUUGAACUCAAAGGGUAACAUUUGUAAAUGUCGGAGAGAAAACAACACAGAGGAAAUUUUAAGAUAGAGCUAUAGUAGUCAUAUAUGGAAGAAACAGUGUACAUUAUCAGACAUCGUCAGUGUGUAUCAUUGAGGUCAAUAUAGCCAAAUACUGCUGGUAACCAAAUCCAAAACAAAAAAUUGUAAUUCUGAUUUUAAGGUAUCAUGUCAUUGGGAUUUAACACACUGUAUGUCUUUUGUCUGACUUAACACUCACUUUUCAUUCAUGGAAAAAUACAUUUGUGUCUUAAUCCUGAGAAUGCGACGGGACAUUUACGAACACAAUAGAAAUUUUUUUAGUUCGUUCAUAUCAAAUUAUUCUUCAUCAUGAGAAUUUUUCUACAAAAUAUACGUCACGUGCGAGCCAAAAAUAUUUUUGCUCCCAUCGCACGCUCAGAGUUGAGUCACAAAUAUAUCCCCAUAUGCAUUCAGAGCCGAACCACUUGAGGUUACUUAUCCUGUAACCCCUGUUCUCUGAUAACAUCGGAGAGAACAUGUGAAAUAGAACAACACUUUUUUUUUUUUUGCUUUCUUUUAAAAUGACACUAAAAAAACACCACAUCCAUCGACACAAACCAAUCCAAAAUGUGAAAUUAGAUUUGUGACUUUUGUUGUAUGUACAGUAUAGUAUGUGGUCGAACAUGUAUACAUGAUUACAAUAGUCCAUCACGAGAUAUCUGCAUUUACAUACUUUGAUACCAAAAAAAAGGCAGAAUUUUUAUCCUCUUACAUUGGGAUCAGCUUUAUCAACAUAUUCUUUUUCCUCUUUUCAUAGGAUUUUAUUAUCUACGGUACUGGUGAGCAACUCAUAAUGCUCGAGUACUCUGUAUUCAAAGCCAAAAAAAAAUGCAGUCAGAAUACAUUAGUGUUUAUAUAAAUUAAGUGGAAAAAAUACCCUGAUGGCACACAAAUCCAGAUGAUGUUUGGAUAUAUUUUUAUGUCUCCAUUUUGUGAAUAACUCAUCUUUUUUGUUUUUGUUUUUGUUUUCAUAUUAUUUUUGCUUUGCUACAGGACUAUGUUUCUUUUUUUAUGCUACCAUUAUAUGUGAAUUAGCUCAAGAAUGCUCUAUAUACAGUAUGUAGAUAUGCACCUUUACUCUUUUUUUACAUCUUUGGAUUUGGACAGUAGCUAUUUUAUCGCAGCCUGAUGGAGUUCCUAUUGGAAGAUAGCUACUGUCCAAAUGAAGGUGACGUGAAAAGUUAGUGUUAACAUUGCCCUCUGGCAUUGUUUUUAGCUCAACUGAACGCUUACAGAAAAUAAAAUUCAGUCCCGAGAUCCCAGCCGGUCACAAAACAGCAGGACACACACAGGAGUUUUUUAGCAGUCGUCAGCGUGUUUGUAUUUAUUACACAUGUAUGAAAUCAUGGAUGUUUCAGAGCUACAGUGUGGAAGUCAACCACAGCAUGAUUAUCCCAAACAAACUCAUUUGGAUCAUUCAGAGUGGCUCCCCCCCGACCCCACCCCAGCUCACCUGCUCAGUAUUACAGCCGAGGGGCCGAGCACCAUUGAAGUGAUACACAGACCCUGCCUCAGUCGUGUCUUCAGAAGUCAUUGGAGUGAAUUGACAGCACCAGCCAUGCAAGGCAAAACACAAGGAUUGUUUUUGCACCCCUUAAAAAAAAGGCUUAACUCUACUUUUCACAUUGCCUGUCAAAUAUUAUCGAAGCUUCAUGUAAUGAUGCUUUUUAGUUUUUGAAUAUAAAAGGAAAAGAGACAUGAAAAGAAAAAUGAACAAUUUGUAAAACAUAAAAUGUUUUAUUUGUUGCAUGUCUUUUUGUUCUUCAAUAAAAUAACGUACUGCAGUGUUUUGAAUGUUAACUUCUUUUUUAUAAGGAUUUCAGAGUGAAAUCGUGGAGCCUUUUUCUUGACAGGUUUUAACUUUUAAGAUCUCUGCGUAUGUAAAAAAAGAUAUCAAACGGAAAACUAUUGUCUUUUUAAUUCCAAUUCCAAACCUGUUUUCUGUGGAGAAAAAUAGCUGAAAGGUGUAGGUUUUAUGGUCUCUUAAUUUGUACUGGCAAUGCGUAUCCCAAAUAAAUAGUUUCUUUUGUUGCAUAAA